GAGGCGCGGGGCCACCCGCAGGCCGAGCCCGGGCGCACCGCGACGGCCGUGCGGGGUCGGGAGCCGAGCGCCAGUCCGCGCCAUGGAGAAAGCGCGGCCGCAGUGGGCCAACCCGCUGCAGUUCGUGUUCGCCUGCAUCUCGUACGCCGUGGGCCUGGGCAACGUGUGGCGCUUCCCCUACCUGUGCCAGAUGUACGGCGGAGGUAGUUUCCUCAUCCCCUACCUCAUCAUGCUCGUCGUGGAGGGGAUGCCACUCUUGUACCUGGAACUGGCGGUGGGGCAGCGCAUGCGGCAGGGCAGCAUCGGCGCCUGGAGGACCAUCAGCUCCUACCUCGGCGGUGUCGGGGUCGCCAGCGUGAUGGUCUCCUUCUUCGUCUCCAUGUACUACAACGUCAUCAACGCCUGGGCCUUCUGGUACCUCUUCCACUCCUUCCAGAACCCCCUGCCGUGGUCUGUCUGCCCACUGAACAGUAACCACACAGGCUACGACGAGGAGUGUGAGGCGGCCUCCUCCACGCAGUACUUCUGGUACAGGAAAACACUCAACAUCUCGCCGUCCAUCGAGGAGAGCGGGGCUGUGCAGUGGGAGCCGGCGCUGUGCCUCAUCCUGGCCUGGCUCGUGGUGUACCUGUGCAUCCUGCGGGGCACCGAGUCCACCGGCAAGGUGGUGUAUUUCACCGCGUUGCUGCCCUACUGCGUGCUCAUCAUCUACCUGGGCCGGGGCCUCACGCUCCACGGAGCCACCAAUGGCCUGAUAUACAUGUUCACUCCCAAGGUGGAGCAGCUGGCCAACCCCAAGGCCUGGAUCAGCGCGGCCACCCAGAUCUUCUUCUCGCUCGGCCUGGGCUUCGGCAGCCUCAUCGCCUUCGCCAGCUACAACGAGCCCUCCAACAACUGCCAGAAGCACGCUGUCAUUGUGUCCCUCAUCAACAGCUCCAGCUCCAUAUUUGCCAGCGUCGUGACCUUCUCCAUCUACGGCUUCAAGGCCACCUUCAACUAUGAAAGCUGCUUGAACAAGGUGAUUCUGCUGCUGACCAAUUCUUUUGAUCUUGAAGAUGGCUUUUUGACAGCCAGCAACCUGGAGCAGGUGAAGGACCACCUAGCAUCUGCCUACCCAAGCAAAUACAGUGAGGUGUUCCCAUACAUUAAAAACUGCAGCUUGGAAUCGGAGCUAGACACGGCCGUCCAGGGCACUGGCCUGGCUUUCAUUGUCUACAGCGAGGCCAUUAAGAACAUGGAGGUGUCCCAGCUGUGGUCAGUGCUCUACUUUUUCAUGCUGCUGAUUCUGGGCAUUGGGAGCAUGCUGGGGAACACGGCGGCCAUCCUCACCCCUCUGACUGACAGCAAGGUCAUUUCCAGCCACCUGCCCAAGGAGGCCAUCUCAGGUCUGUUGUGCCUCAUCAACUGUGCCGUGGGCAUGGUGUUCACCAUGGAGGCCGGGAACUACUGGUUCGACAUAUUCAACGACUACGCGGCCACACUGUCCCUGCUGCUCAUUGUCCUGGUGGAGACGAUUGCUGUGUGCUUCGUGUACGGGCUGAGGAGAUUUGAAAGUGACCUGAAGGCCAUGAAUGGCCAAGCUCUCAGCUGGUACUGGAAGGUCAUGUGGGCCGGCGUGAGCCCGCUGCUGAUUGUCAGCCUCUUUGCUUUCUACCUGAGCGACUACAUCCUCACGGGCACCCUGCGGUACCAAGCCUGGGAUGCCUCCCAGGGCCAGCUUGUGACCAAAGAUUACCCCACCUAUGCACUGGCUGUCAUCGGGCUGCUCGUGGCCUCCUCCACCAUGUGCAUCCCCCUGGGGGCCCUGGGGACUUUCAUCACACGCCACCUCAAGAGGGGAGACCCUGCCCCGGUGGCCUGAGAACUGGGCUUCCUGGCCACUCACUGUUUCACAGACACUAUUUACAGGCAGAACCUCGUCGGCUGCUUUUUACAAUAUUUUAGCCAAAAGUACCCUACCUGUCAACUUCCUGAGUCCCUAAAGAAGAAUCAGGAAGGUGUGGAGGAAGAAGACUCCCUCAGGAGGAGACAAACCCCGGGAGAAGCUGCCUUUCCUCCCUGAGCCUUCCCUGAAGGCCAUGCCGCCACUCCUUGUCACCAAGGGAGGCAGGUGAGAAGGCCGGUCUUGAUGACAAUUGCUUUUCUCCAUUCUAGGACAGUCUUAGAAUUAGGGCACAUUGUGAGCUGAAAUUGGACUGUAAUUCUUAUGGGACCAAAUUUAAACAAUUUGGUGUUUUACUGAAGAGACACUCUAAAAUCUUAGAGGGCAAUCACUCUGUUUUGAAGUGCUUGAGAUGACAUAUUUGAAUGUCAUUUGUGCAAAAUUAAUUCUUUUUUUAGUCAUAGUGAAUACAGAAUAUCUGUGUUCCCCUUCCCCCUAUCAAAUGCUAGUACGAUUGACUGAUCGUAAAGAAAAAUGACCUUUGUUUGGGGUCCCCAAAGGAGCUCACCUUUCUCUAAUCUAAGGUCUCUCAGUGGGUCCAGAAGCAGCCCUCU